AUGCUCAACAAAAUCAACAAAUCAACAUUCAUUCUAAGAGGAGGGGGUUGUGGAAUGCCAAAAGCUAAUUUUGGUAAGUAAUCAUAAAAGAAUGCCAUUCAAACAGAUGUUUAUGAUUUCUUUUCAUAAUUCAAUCACUAUAUUUAGAUAAUAGAAUCUAAGGCUUCUAUUGCUGCUAGUUAAUAGGAAUCAUCAGAAAUAAUGAUAGCAAUAAGAUGGUUUAUAUUUUAAGAGGAAAACAUCUACAAAAUCAGUAAAAAUGUAUAAAGUGUUAAGAAGACAUACGAUUUAGUUUUAGAUGGGAUUAAACGAUUAUUGAUAAGUUGCUAGACCUAUAUCAGAUCAGAUUCCUUUAAAUGUUUGUAUAUUUUAUAGAUUACAACAUCCCUAUCUAAAGUAAUAUUUAGCUUCCAUUUAAUGAAUGNGGAUAUCAAUUUUUAUAAACAAUUAUAUUAUUUUUGA